AUGGCUGUGGCUGCGGUGCACGUGCUUGUGUUCCCAUGGCCUCUGCAGGGGCACAUCAACACGUUCGUGCCAUUCAGCAAGGCCCUCGUGGACUCCGGCGUGCACGUCACCGUCUUGCACACCGACCACAACCUCCGCCGGGUCCGAUGCACGGCGGCGACGCCACGCCUCCGCUACCUGUCGAUCCUGGACGGCCUCCCCGACGACCACCCCCGCUCGGUGGGCGACAUCUUCACGCUCAUGGAGACCAUGUCGACGGCGGGCAGCGCCGCCUACCGCGCGCUGCUCCUCUCCCUGCUAUCACCCGGCAGCGGCGGCGAGUUCCCACUGGUGACGUGCGUCGUGGCCGACGGCAUCAAGCUGUUCGCCAUCGACAUCGCCGAGGAGCUCAGCGUCCCGGUGCUCGCCUUCCGCACGGCCAGCGCGAACAGCUUCUCGGCGAGGCUGCUGGAGCUGGGCGAGACGCCGCUCCCCGUGGACGACCCCGUGCACGGCGUGCCCGGGAUGGAGGGUGUCCUGCGGCGGCGGGACCUUCCACGCCUCGCCCCCGUCGCCGACGGCCAUCCCACCGAGAGCGCGGUGGCGGCCGGCGUGUUGCCAACGAAAAAUAUCAUGUGUGAAACAAAUUGA